ACGUAAUCAAAAUCAAAUAAACACGGAAGCCAACCGUAGACCACCUGGCAUGUUGAUUUUAAAUGUUUGCCUGGGCUUUUAAACAUCAUAAAUGUCAGUAGUUUGUGAUGACGCGGUGGUCAAGCGGUGGGAAAGGGAGCAGAGCAGCCUGAGGCAGCGGGUGGUGGAGGAGGACACCGAGGCGUGGCAGCGAUGCCCCCGCUUCUCCACCCUGGAGCGGGUGGGCGGAGUCGACCUGUCCUUCAUCAAGGGGGACGAGGUCAACGCGUGCGCCCAGCUGGUGGUUCUCAGCUACCCCGACCUGGAGGUGCUCUACGAGGACAGUCAGAUGGUGAGGCUGACCGCCCCCUACGUGGCGGGCUUCCUGGCCUUCCGCGAGACGCCCUUCCUGAUGGAGGCGCUGCGACGCCUGGAGAGGAACCGGCCCCAGCUGCUGCCUCAGGUCGUCUUGGUGGACGGGAACGGCCUUUUCCACUACAGAGAGUUUGGCCUGGCCUGCCACCUGGGGGUGCUGUCUGGGAUUCCCUGUGUGGGCGUGGCCAAGAACCUGCUGCAGGUGCAGGGCGUGACCAAGAGCGAAGAGCACCAAUCACAGAUAUCUGCUCUGCUGCUCAAAGGAGGGGAUAGCUUUCCCUUGACGGCAACCUCGGGGAGAGUGCUGGGCAAGGCCCUGAGGAGCUCUGACACCAGUACCAAACCAGUAUACGUGUCGGUGGGCCACAGGAUCAGUCUGGACUCGGCCGUACGCCUCACACACUCCUGCUGCCGCUACCGCGUCCCAGAGCCCAUCAGACAGGCCGACAUCCGCUCCAGAGAGUACCUCAGGAUACACUUCCCAACGCCCGUCAGCGCUGCCACGGAAGAG